AUGCCCCGUGUACGCAGGCGCACUUCCUACACUGUUCCGCCGUUGCAGCCAUUGUCCGACCCGAAUUCGGGAGAACAGAGCCUGGAACUGGGGCAGGUGAAGCCCGCCCGAGGCUCUUGGGUGGGCCAGAGCUCGAGAAAUCCGGAAACCCGUGGAGGCGGUGAUUCCAAGUGCGCGGGUCGGGGUGGCACCUCUCACGCCCCUGUUCGGGAGCGAGGCUCCAACGAGGUGGGAAUGGCCCGGAGACCGCCGAAGGCCUCGCUCCAGGUUGACCCCCGCGGAGCCCGUAGUGGUCCAGAGCUGGUAGGAGAUGCUGGAGAGGCAGCGGGUUACUCAGAAGGGAGGGAUCAGGGAAUUUAUCCUGGAAAGAAGCAUCAUGAAUGUACUGAUUGUGGGAAAACUUUCCUCUGGAAGACACAGCUUACUGAGCAUCAGAGAAUUCACACUGGGGAGAAACCCUUUGAAUGUAAUGUAUGCGGAAAGGCCUUCAGACAUAGCUCAUCUCUUGGUCAACAUGAGAAUGCUCAUACUGGAGAAAAACCCUACCAAUGUAGUCUUUGUGGGAAAGCCUUCCAGCGCAGUUCUUCUCUUGUUCAACACCAGAGAAUUCACACUGGAGAGAAACCCUAUCGAUGUAAUUUAUGUGGGAGAUCCUUUAGACAUGGCACAUCCCUCACUCAACAUGAGGUCACGCAUAGUGGAGAGAAACCGUUUCAGUGUAAGGAAUGUGGGAAAGCCUUUACUUUCAAAAGAAGUACAAGUUUCAUAGAGCAUCACAGAAUUCAUACUGGAGAAAAACCCUAUGAAUGUAAUGAAUGUGGGGAAGCCUUCAGUCGGCGCUCAUCACUUACACAACAUGAGAGAACCCACACUGGAGAGAAACCCUAUGAAUGUAUCGAUUGUGGAAAAGCCUUCAGUCAGAGUUCAUCCCUUAUUCAGCAUGAAAGAACUCAUACUGGAGAGAAACCCUAUGAAUGUAAUGAAUGUGGACGAGCCUUCCGAAAGAAAACCAACCUGCAUGAUCAUCAGAGAAUUCAUACUGGAGAAAAGCCGUAUGUUUGUAAGGAAUGUGGGAAAAACUUUAGUCGAAGUUCAGCUCUUACUAAGCACCAGAGAAUUCAUGCUAGAAAUAAACUCUAG